UCGAAAUUCGUUUGUUGUUUGUUCCUAAAUUGGUUUGCCAGAUUCUCCAAGAGCAGUACGUUCCCAUCACUCUUCCCUCUCUGCAAAUCCUCUCUUUCUCUCCCUAGGGUUUCUUUUUCUCUAAACCUUCAAAAUUUGUCCCUCAAUCCCUCAUCUUCCGGGUAUGGCCGGAAUUCGGUUGCCUCCGGAAGACAUCGACAUCUCACAGGCGCGAGCCCUGUCAACCGCCGAUCUGAUCUCCGAUGACGACCGUUCUAUCGCGGCCGACUCUUGGUCCAUCAAGAGUGACUAUGGUAGUACCCUUGAUGACGAUCAACGUCACGCCGAUGCAUCCGAAGCUCUAGCAGCGGCCAGAUUUUGUGCUGCCUCUGAUUAUAGCUCUGACAAGGAAGAAGCUGAUGCUGAAACAUUUACAUUUACAUCCAUGCUGGGGUAUCAAAGUUACUGGGAUGCAACAUAUGCAGAUGAAUUGACAAAUUUUCGUGAACAUGGGGAUGCUGGUGAAGUUUGGUUUGGGGCAGAUGUGAUGGAAAUGGUUGCUUCCUGGACAAAAGGACUAUGCAUUGACAUUUCACAAAGACAAUUACAAAAUCAGCAUAAUGAUCUUGAUGACGACUCUGUCUCUGAGUCUGUUAGUCAAGAUUUAGCAGGAUGGAGUGUUGUUGAUGUUGGAACAGGCAAUGGGCUGCUUCUUCAAGAGCUUGCUAAACAAGGGUUCUCUGAUCUGACUGGAACAGAUUAUAGUGAAGGAGCAAUUAACCUUGCUCGAAGCCUUGCUAAUCGUGAUGGAUUUACUGGAAUCAAACUAUUAGUUGAUGAUGUUCUUGAAACAAAAUUGGAUAAAAAGUUUGAGCUAGUUAUGGAUAAGGGAACUUUAGAUGCUAUUGGUCUCCAUCAAGAUGGACCCAUUAAAAGGAUUAUGUAUUGGGAGUCUAUAUCAAGACUUGUAGCUCCUGGUGGACUAUUAGUGAUUACAUCGAGCAAUAAUACUAAAGAGGAAUUGGUGCAAGAAGUGGAGAAUUUUAAUCAAAGAAAGAUUGGGGAGGUGGAAGAAGAAGAAGAAGAAGGAAAGGGGGGUUUAUUGUGGUACUUGGAUCAUAUUCGUUCAUAUCCAACUUUUAUGUUUGGUGGAUCAGUUGGGUCUCGUGUUGCAACUGUUGCAUUUUGUUUUAGGUAAAUGGAUCUCAACAUAUAUGUCUUAACUGCAGAUGGUGUUUUGUGUUUUGUUAGGGGGAUUGAUAUGAUGUAAAAGUUAAUGUAGAAAGAAUUACUUUGUAUGGAAUCUAACAAACAAGUGCUUGAUUGGCUUUUUGAUGUGUUUAUUGUAAGUGGUUUCUUGUUAAGAACCUUGCAAAUUGCAAUACUACUAUAAUUUCAAAUCAA